GUUCACUGCCUCACUGCCUCGCUUGAUUUUGAGCUUCUGGUAGUUCUGGUUUGUUUUUUGUUGUGCAUCAGCCAUCAGCUGCACGCUGCACGGUACGCUGUGGCAUGCAGUUACCCAUUUUCCUUUUGAUCUAACGGUUUCACCUCUAUUUUGCUGAUACAUACAUAAAUAUGACGGAUCGGUCCAAGAAAAAUGACUCUGAGAUCAUGGAAAUUGUCCUAUCUGACGACGAAGAUGUAACAUCAGCCGCGCCAACAGCGCGGAGCAUUUCGACUGAAACGUUCAGAAAACCUCACACUGAUUUAAGAUCUGAGAACAACCGACCGAAGACAACAACUGUAAAAGUUGUGCCUGUAUGCGCACCUUCAGUAAUGAAAGUGACGCCGGCGCCGCCACCUGCCAAGUCCUCGAUGGCCGUCGACGAAGACAGUGAAAUCGAGCUCAUCGAGGAGGUGACCGUCCUGAGAGACAGUUCUGACGCCGAAAGUGCAUCAAAAGAAAAGCCUAAACAAGUUAUGAAACUGCCCACUGUUGGAAAAGAUGACAUCGUGAUGUUUGGCGAAGACGAAAAGCAGCCAGGAAAUAAAGCUAUUAAAGAGCCCGAAGCUGCGCAGAGUGCAGAAACGGACCCUCCACCUGCAGAAGUCAGAAAGACUAUCAAAGCAAAGCGGAGAAUUUGUUGCAAUGUGGACUGCAGCAGGUCAUACAAUGAGCCCAUGGAACUAUCGGAGGCUGAUCUGCUCACUAAGUCUUUUUUCGAUAUCAAGGAAUCCAACAAGAUCUGCUAUGUUUGCAAAAAUUGUACUAAAUUGGUAGAUCUCUUUAGACAGAAAGGUCUAGAUAUGCUGCAGAAAGGGCAACCAAUCAUUGAAGCGGUGCAGUAUCUGCCAAACAAGGACAUGGUGAUCAUCGACGAUUCAGACGAGGAGGACGACGCCUACGAGUUGGAGGAGGACAAUCGGAAGGUGGCGGUAGACUGCAAAAUGAUGGAUGAAGUUGUGGCAGAUUUCAAGGAGAAAUACAAGAUCAGCUUGCAGGAAGACAAAUGCAUAGAAUCCAUAUCUAAAUUCAAGGAAGAAAUUGAAGACGAUUUUAAAGAAAUUGAUGCCAUGAUAAACGCCUGCCAUAAAUCUCUUGGUGAAAGUUACAACGCCAUUUACAAACCCUGGUAUCCAGAUACAAUGUGCAUUGGAGAGCUAGACACAGAGCAACAAAGAGAUCUUGUUCGACCGCAGGUUCCGGUGUACCCUGCUCCAGAAGACAAGAAGCGGAAGAAGGCAGUCGCAAUGAAAAAGGUCACCCAGCUACAACCCCAAAUGCAACAAGCUCGCAUAAUGCAGCAGCAAGCGUUAGCUAAAGCUCAAAUGCCUCAGCCUGAUGUGAUAGCUGAGAUCACGACAAACCCUAUUAAUUCAAGCCUAACACAAUACGUGCCACCAAAGGGUCCUGUGCAGAACCACCCCAUCAAAAUCGGAGACUUUGUGUACGCAAUGAAGUCGGGACUGUACCAAGAAUGGAUUAAAGCCAAAGUUGUAGACAUUGGCCUUAAAAACAGCGAGCAAUCCUACAAGGUGAAAUUCACGAAGAGCACGGCGCCUGCUAAGUCUAUGUCUGGCAGGCAGAUCGCGUAUUAUGAGGCCGCCAAGCAUCAGUUUGAGGUAGGGGCUAGAGUCAUCGCCAUCUUCCACAAUCCGGAGGAGACUGGUGCUAACCGAUAUUUGUUCUAUGCGGGAAUAGUCGCUGAGUGCAUCAAAGUCACAAACAACUACAGAUACCUGAUUUUCUUUGACGAUGGGUGCACCCAGUAUGUCAGCCAUGAUAACGUUCGACUGGUGUGCAAACGUUCUGGUAACAUUUGGGACGACUGCCACCCUGACAUACGGGACUUUAUCAAAACCUACUUGGAGAGCUACCCUGAGCGCCCGAUGGUGCGACUGGGUGUCAACCAGAAAGUGAAGACUGAGUGGAACACUCGCUGGUGGCUGACCCGAGUGAAAGAGGUGGACUGCUCACUGGUGCUUGUCCACUUUGAGGCUGACAACAGAACCGAGUGGAUUUACAGAGGAUCGCAGCGUCUGGCGCCUCUGUAUUAUGAAAUGCAGAAAAAGCAGCAGCAGAAAAACAGCAAAACUGCUGUUCGCUUGCACCGAGGCUUUGCUGCAAACCCCACCAGAAAGAACCAUCCCGAAAUCGAAUAUCCAAGGAUGCUGGAUGAUGAGGAUGAACUUUCCAUCACCUUCGUUGAUGCUCAUGGUGUUAGACAAAAGGUGUCUAGGUCCGUCGCAAAGAAGAGCACCGUGAAUCGCACAAUCGUCUCGUCAAACGCUCCUGCUUCGACAGCAGUGCUACCUGAUCGUAGGGAAACCGACGGGAAAAUGAUCGCUGAAAAUAUGGGCCCUGGCAAAUGGACAAAGGUUUUUGCUCCUCAUUCUUGCACCUUCAAGUGCGUACAAGAAGAUGAGAACUCGUACAAAGAAGGUGACAGGAUGUCCUGCAAUCCCAUGUUGAUUCCACUCAAGCAGGGCUGGGGCAGAGAAAUCACCACAUUCCGUAACACCAAAAUGCAAGUCUUCUACAGAGGACCUUGCGGAAGGCGCCUGAGGAACAUGCAAGAAGUGAUGCGCUAUUUGCGUGUGACCAAAUCGAAUCUUUGCGCAGAUUUGUUUUCAUUUGAAACUGCGCUCAAGAUAGAGAAUAGUUUCAAUGUUGAAAACCCACUCUUCUUCAUAAAGGAUAUAUCUUACGGAAGUGAAAACGUGAAGAUUCCUUGCGUGAACACGAUAAACUAUAACGAGUACCCAACAUAUGUGAAUUACUCGACUGUGCGAACACCGUCUGCAAAAACGUACAUCGACCCUGAUCCUGGCUUCCUUGUGUGCUGCGACUGCACUGACGACUGUCUCGACAAGUCUAAGUGCGCUUGUCAUCAACUCUCCGUUCAGGAGGCUGCCGUUAUUACGAACAAGCCUGACCCAAAUAAAGUUGGCUACAACUUCCGCCGUCUGAUACUCAAUGGUCAGCAAGCGGCUGCCCUUUUCGAGUGUAACAAGAACUGCGCGUGCUCAAGGAACUGCCUGAACAAGGUGGUGCAGCACAAGAUGAAAUGCCAGCUGCAGCUUUUCAAAACGGAAAAGCGCGGAUGGGGACUGAGAGCUUUGAACGACAUACCGUGCGGAACCUUCCUCUGCAUCUAUGCUGGCCAAAUCAUGACUGAGCAGGAGGGCAACGAGGAGGGAAAGCUAUGUGGCGAUGAAUAUCUGGCCGAGCUGGACUACAUUGAGGUACUGACUGGUGCCAAAGAGGGAUACGAAAGCGACAUCAGCGACAUUGAUGACGCUGAUUAUGAUGGCUCAAAGGGCAAUGAGGAGGAAUCUGAUGAUUCAAACGAUGUUGAUUUGCCAGGUCAAGCAGCAGAAGACAAGGAUUUCAUAACAUCCUUGAGCAAGAUUGAAUUGAAGGAAGGAGAUGAAAAGAUGUCAUUGAGAAAGCGAAAGAGUAGGGUCACCGAUGACCAAUCGGUCGGCAAGGAUGGGCCUGAGAAGACUGGCAUGCACAGAGGAGAAGUUGCUGCUCCAAAGCUGAAAGAAAAGGAGAAGAAGAACGUUAGAUACCUCUUCGACAGAUCUGAGGACAUUUACGUCAUGGAUGCUAAAAGUGUUGGCAACCUGGGCAGAUACUUCAAUCACUCCUGCGACCCCAAUGUGCUGGUGCAAAACGUUUUUGUUGACACACAUGAUCUGCGCUUCCCCUGGGUGUCUUUCUUCACUUCUAAGUACGUGCCUGCCGGGACGGAACUGUGCUGGAACUACAACUACGAGAUCGGCAGCCUUCCUGACCGUCGUCUUGAUUGCUACUGCGAAUCAGCCAAUUGUCGAGGACGACUACUGUAAUUUGAUUGCAACAAUCUCAGUACUCUCGAGUAAAAAUCUGCGCGAGUUUUCCACGUA